GCCAGAGUGGGUAGAGGGUGUUUGAAACGGUGUUGUCUCUUUUUCUCCGUGUCUCCUCUGUUCUCUCUUUCUCUGGUUUCUCUCUCGAGACGGCGAAGUCUCUACACAUCGGUGGCUCUCUGGCUUCUCCCUCUCUCUGGGUAGCUCUCGUCGGAGACCUAACCGUCGGUCUCUCUCGUUUCUCUGGAUUCUCUCUCUCGACGGCGACUUCUCCUCUCUCUCGGUGUCUCUCUGAUUUCUCUGUAUCUCUCAGUCGGUGGCUCUCGACGGCGACAUCUCUCUCGGUGGCUCUCCUGGACGGCGACGGACCUCCCUCUCGGCGGCUCUCCUCGAAUCAAACGGUAAAUCGAUUGUUUUUGUGUUCAAUUUUGCAUGUCUUUAGAUUCUGCUUGUUGUUGUUCUGAUCAAGUUGCAUGUCUUUUGAUUGGUUUGUCCGUUUGAUUAUGUCUCUUGGUGGUUCUCUGCGACGGUGAGGGACAUCAAGCUCGGUGGCUCUCCUCCAAUGGAAAGAUGGAUGGAUCAAAAUGCUUUUGAUUUGUGUCUGAAACUCGAAUGAUCAAGAGAAGUAACCAAGUUCAUCGAACAAAGGAGAAGGAUUUUAUUCAGAUGGAUUCCAAUCCAUUUACGCAAACAUCAAACUUUGUUGGGCUACUUAAUAGCCAACAAAAUAUCUCCUUUGGUAACUAUGAAGAUAAUGUCGAUCUAUCUUCAUCUCAACUUCCUUCUCAAGGCACGGAUGAUGUUGGUGAGCGUCGGGAACGAAGGAAGUGGACUCCCACAGAUGAUGUUGUGCUGAUAGGCUCUUGGCUAAACACGAGCAAAGAUCCAGUGGUUGGAAACGAGCAAAGAUCAGGCACAUUCUGGAAGAGAAUUGCAGCCUACUUUGCAGAAAGUCCCAAGCUUGCUGGCUGCGAAAAGAGAGAGGCUUCUCACUGUAAGCAACGUUGGCACAGGAUCAACGACUUGGUCUGCAAGUUCUGUGGAUCGUACGAGGCGGCAACAAGGGAGAAAAGUAGCGGUUGCAAUGAGAAUGACGUCCUCAAAAGGGCUCAUGAAAUAUUCUAUAUUAACCAUAUGAAGAAAUUCACUUUAGAGCACGCUUGGAAGGAAUUGAGGAACGAUCAAAAGUGGUGUGAAGUUUCUACUGCUAAAAACGAUGGUAAGAAAAGAAAGUGUGAAGACAAUGAAGAUUCACCCAGCCUUCAAUCAACUGAAACCAAACGCCCCGCGGGUGUAAAGGCAGCAAAGGCCAGUGGGAAGAAGAGUGUGGAAAAGGAGCGUUCGCUUAAUGAGUUUCACAAUAUAUGGGACAUUAAACAGAAGGAUUUCGCACAGAAGGAAAGGUUGCACAAGCUGAGUCUACUUGACUCUCUUGUUGCAAGAAAAGAACCUCUAGCCGAGUAUGAAGAAACCCUCAAAAAGAAACUCAUCAGUGAUUUAAUGUUCAAUUAGGUAAGUGUCAAGUGGAGCGUUGGGAGUGGAAGUAUCACGGAUUCUCUGUUUCUUGUGGUCUUGUUGUCGUCAUGUACUUUUGGAGUCUUGUGUUCAUGUGGUCUUGGAGUCUUGUGUCACGGAGUUUUUUUCUUGUUUUGUUGUAGUACUUGUGUCACGAGUCUUGUUUUCUUGUUUUGUUGUAGUACUUGUGUCACGGAUUGUAGUUGUGCCAAGUUAUCUGAUAUCUAUAUAAAGUUAUGUUGUAGUUGUGUAACAAA